GCACCAUCAACAUCGACCUUGCGUACUCUUGACCAUCCCGGAGAAGUGCAAGUUACAGUCAUAUGACCUUACUUCCGGUAAAAGUGAAAGUUGAGAAAUGUCAACAAACGACAGCAAAUUGCACGACAAGUGUAUAUUUUGUAAGAUUGCAAAUUUACAGGACCCUGAAACAAGAAUAUUGUAUCAGAAUGAGGAGUUUGUGGUGUUUCGAGACAUCAGACCAGCAGCUGAUCAUCAUUAUCUGGUCGUAACAAAGCAGCACAUCAAAGACCCCAAACAUCUCAAGGGAGACAACUUGGAACUUUUGGAGCGACUUGUUGCCACAGGUGAGACUGUAUUGAAGAAUGCUGGAGGGAAGAGUGAAGAAGCAAGAUUUGGGUUCCACUGGCCACCCUUUACGUCCGUAAAACACCUCCAUUUACACGUCAUCGCCCCAGUGACGUCAAUGACCUUUAUGUCCAGAUUGAUAUUUCGUGAGGGGUCUUACUGGUUUGUGACGGCUAAUUGGAUGAUAAAUCGGUUGAAAAGCAUGAGAAACGAAAAGACCGAGAUACCGCCAAAUAGCAGAUCGAGUCUUGAAAAUACGUGAGUGCGGGAGCCAUCAAUCAGACAGGAACAAUUCAAUGGAUCGUGUGUAACCUUCAGAAUGUGUCAACAUUUAAUACCAAGUUCAAUUAGCUUCUAAUACCAGUGAAAUGUCAAUGUUAUUGUCUAAGAUUUACGUGAUUAAACAAAAAAUGCAAUCAGAACAAAUAUUUGAUGUCGUUGAGCACUUUUAUCACUCUCUGAAUGCCAGGUCUGUUCUAACUUUUAUGAACGUUUAUGAGUGAGAAGAUUUAGAAGAUUUCUUCCGUAUUUUAGAGACGUGAUGGCAAAACCCCAUUUUUACACAACUGUUUCUAUUUGUCAUAUGAUUCAGUGAUAUCAGGAUUGACUGAUUUUUGUAGCGUUUAUCAAAUUUCCUGUAAGAGGCUUUAGUAAAAUUGUCACUGAUUUUCUGUUGUUUAUCACUAGUUUGAAGAAAUGACUGUUUAAAAUGAAGAUUCACGUCUUUAAUCUGAAAAAUUGGCAUCUCAGAAGUUGUACAGUAACAAUUUAAAUUAAAAUAAAAGUAUUUUUAGUACUUUG